CCGGCGCGCGCCCGUCCGUGCGCUCCGGGCACCGGCUCCGCGCGCCAGACUUCCGUCCUCGGCGUGCGCUUUCCGCCCGUCUUCCCCGAGCGCCCAGCGGUCAUGGAUGGCAACGCCCUGCUCUCCGUACCGAGCAACUCGGAGUCGCCACUGAUGUGCGAGGUUUCCGCGCCACAGCAGGGCAGCGCCAGCGGAGGCUGGAGAGGCGGCCUGGGGAGUUCCAUCACAGCGUGUAAGAAGGUUCUUCGCAGCAACAGCCUGCUCGAAUCUACAGACUACUGGUUACAGAAUCAGAGGAUGCCGUGCCAGAUCGGUUUUGUGGACGACAAGUCUGAAAACUGCGCUUCCGUUUGCUUCGUGAACCUGGAUGUGAACAAGGAUGCAGGCAGCACGGAGCACCUGCAGCAGAAAUUGGUCAACGUUUCACCAGAUCUUCCAAAACUUAUCAGCUCCAUGAAUGUCCAGCAGCCAAAAGAAAAUGAAAUUGUUCUUCUAAGUGGAUUAACAUCUGGAAAUCUCCAGGCAGAUUUUGAAGUUACACAGUGCCCUUGGCUGCCAGAUGUCUGCCUGGUCCAAUGUGCGAGAGGGAACAGGGCAAACAGUACCAACUGCAUCAUCUUUGAAAUCAACAAAUUUUUGAUCGGUCUGGAGCUGGUGCAGGAGCGACAGCUGCAGCUGGAAACAAAUGUCCUGAAGGUGGAGGAUGACACAAACUGUUCCCUGUCUUCAAUCGAAGAAGACUUUCUCACAGCAUCGGAGCACCUGGAGGAGGAAAGCGAGGUGGAAGAAUACAAGAAUGGUUAUGAAAAUACAAACACCUUGGCUAAUAUUUUGGAAAGUAAAAAACCAAAGGAAGCGACUCAGGAGGAAUGGAAUUACAAGAAAAAGUUGCUGUAUCCUUUGGAAGACAAAUGCAUUGGCAAAUCUCAUGCAACAUUCAUUAAGGCAGAAGAAUCUCUGGAAAAAGUAGAAGACGCCAUUUUACAGAGCCUCAGUCCAUCAGCUGAGCCAUCAGAGUGGAAAGGUGAAGAUGUGCAGAAUGUGAAGCCAGCCAGAAAUUAUUAUUACUCAGAAGGUGUCAAAGAUCGUGCGGAAAAAUCGCAGGCACCGUUUAUUCCAGGGGGUGCUUAUUUCUCCAGGAUGGUCAAGAAAGGUGGACCCCCCGUAUAUGGUGCCUUCACUGGGCAUGGCAGCGGCUUAGACCCAGGGGACCACGAAGAUGGCACAAACUCUCUUUCCCCCAAACAAGAUGGAGAAGUUGCCGCUGGCGAGUAUGCUACAAACUUAGCAGAAUCUGUGCUACAGGACGCGUUUAUCCGAUUAUCUCAGUCACGGCCUUCGCCACCCCAGGAAUCCACAGUCAGCGUUUCUGUAGAAAGCACUCUGCUCCCCAGUGGCUGUCCCACAAAGGGUGUGCUGGUUCCUCGGUCGUGGAAUGAGCUCCCUAAGAUUGUCAUUGUGCAGAGUCCAGAUGGCAGUGAUGCUGCCCCUGAGGCAGGCAUCUCCUCAUGGCCUGAGAUGGACGUGUCUGGUGCAACCUCAGGAGUCCUCUCUGAAGUGACCCUCAGACACCCUCAGAGUGCUCUAGAAGUAGCCUUGGCUUGUGCGGCCACUGUGAUUGGAACGAUUUCCAGCCCACAGGCCACAGAGAGACUCAAAAUGGAGCAAGACUCUUUGAUCUCAACCCGUCCACUGGGAGGCAACGAACACCUGCAAAGUCAGAUAUCCCAAGUCCUCAAGGAGCCCUCCAUCAGUGACUACUCUUUUCCAUCUGCCUUGUGUGGCAUGACUCAGGUGGCCAGCGCCAUUGCUGUUUGUGGCCUGGGGGAACCAGAAGAGGCGAAGGCUCCAAGUAGCCUCUUGGGUGAAGCUGAGGCUCAUGCCACAACCCCUCCACUCUGCAGUUUGGCCACAGGGAAGAGCAUGGAGCUGGGAAAUGAGGCCAUCGCACAGGUGCUGCUCAAGGAGGCUGCCCUGGUUUUAACCAGGCCCAAUUCCUGCAGCAACAUUGGAGACCUCAUGGAAUCAAUGAGCAGGAGAAUCCUAGAAACGGCUUCCAAGCCUCCGACCGUGAGCUCAGAAAAUGUCCUCAGGAAUGAGCUGGCACAGAGCCUCUCCAAUAUUAUUCUGAAGCAUUCCAUUGAUGAAGCUUACCAGAGACACAGAAUAAUUGAUCCCAAUGUUGGCAGGCACUCAUCUGAAACUCUUGACACCUUGAUGGACAGGACAAAUCAACUGCUUUUCAGUGUGAUAUGCUUCACAUUCAAGAAGAUGAGUCAUUUCGUACAGCGUGGUGAAUGGCCCAUGGUCCUUGUGAAUGAGAGUAUCAGAUGGAGGGAAACAGAGUUAGGCUGCCAGCCGCCUGAUCAGGCUGCAAGCCGAGCAUGGACAAAAGCCACUGAACAUUUCAGCAGCCAGUCACUUGGCAAUCCACAUAGGGCUAAUCUUGUUAUCAAUGAUCUUGUAGAUGACAUUUAUCUGAAGCAAGAUAGUAGGGGCCCAGUGAAGCCAGGCCUCUUCAAGAAUCCCAUGCUGCAACCUGAAUUGCCCUGUAGUCCCAAAGGGCUGGAUUCUUCAACUGCUAAAACACCCAACAAGGAAAUAUAUCUAAAAGGAACAGUGGGAGAAGAUCCAGAAAACCCUCCUCAGACACCCAGUUACAAUGAGAAUGAGUGCAGAGCAUCUCCAGAGAGAGACAGGACGCUGAUGGUGGGCAAGCACAGCAGAGAAUCCCAGGAUGCAAAAGACAGCACCAGUACAAAUGCCCAGGAGAAGUAUAGUCAUGCCUCACCUCUAAGCAAUGAAGUUCAAGUUAACCUGUCUUUGUUAGGGAAGGACUUACCCCUUCCUGCUCAAUCCAUGCUACCAGCAAAACAUGCAGAUGUAUACAGUGUUACAGACUUUGCAGAAGAGUUAGCAGAGAUGAUUGUCUCCAUGGCAACUGAAAUCGCAGCAAUUUGCCUUGACAACUCAAAUGGAAAACAACCCUGGUUUUGUGCAUGGAAAAGAGGGAAUGAGUUUCUGGUUACCCCAAACGUAUCCUGCCGAUCCUUGAAGAGGAAGAAGGAAAGCCAGACCAGUGGAGCCACAGCGAGGAAACACAAACCACCACGGCUCAGUGAGAUCAAGAGAAAAACGGAUGAGCACCCGGAGCUUAAAGAGAAGCUGAUGAACAGGGUUGUGGACGAGUCCAUGAACCUUGAGGACAUCCCAGAUUCUGUCAAUAUUUUUGCAAAUGAAGUGGCCGCCAAGAUCAUGAACCUAACAGAGUUCUCCGUGGUAGAUGGUAUCUGGCAAGCCCAGAGCUAUCCCCGGAACCGGUUACUCAGUGGAGACAGGUGGAACCGGCUGAAGGCUUCAAGCUGUGAAAGCAUUCCCGAGGAGGACUCUAAUGCCAGGGCCUACGUAAAUAGCCUGGGUUUCAUGAGUACCCUCAGUCAGCCAGUUAGCAGGGCCAGCUCCGUGUCUAAGCAGUCCAGCUGCGAAAGCAUCACUGAGGAGUUUUCCAGGUUCAUGGUGAACCAGAUGGAAAAUGAAGGAAGAGGGUUUGAGUUACUGCUGGAUUACUAUGCCGGCAAGAAUGCCAGCAGCAUCCUGAACUCGGCCAUGCAACAGGCCUGCUGUAAAAACGACCACCUCAGUGUGAGGCCAAGCUGUCCCUCCAAGCAGUCCAGCACUGAGAGCAUAACAGAGGAAUUCUACAGGUAUAUGCUGAGGGACAUUGAAAGAGAAAGCAAAGAUCGCACCUCCUCCAGACGAAGCAGCCAGGAUUGGACAGCUGGCUUACUGUCGCCUUCUCUGCGAUCUCCAUUGUGUUACAGACAGUCAUCCAUGCCAGACAGCAGAUCCCUGGGUGCCAGGCUAACGGUGAAUGUGCCCAUCAAAGCCAACUCCUUAGAUGGCUUUGCUCAAAACAGCCAGCAGGAUUUCCUAAAUGUCCAUCCGGUCAGUAGCACUUCCUCAUCUGGUCUCUGCAAAUCCGACUCUUGCUUGUAUCGCAGAGGUGGGACAGACCAGAUCACCAACAUGUUAAUUCACGAAACAUGGGCAAACUCCAUCAAGGCCCUCAUGCGAAAGAACAAAAUUAUAGUGGAUGAAGCAGAGGCAGCUGAUGUUGAGCCUGUUUCUGGUGGCUCUCCCAGGCAAGUGGAGAAAUGUGCAAGCAGAUCAUCCUCUAGCAGAAUGCAAAGUGGACCGGCUCUCCCGGUUCAGGAGUCCAUCAAAAACCCAAGGAGAGACUCCAUUACUGAUAGCAAGCACCCCCCAGUGUUGUCUCAAAGCAAAGCUUUUCCUCUUACAAACCACGACGGCUUAGAUUCUAAAAAAGAAACUUCGUCAUGCCAUGGCUCUAUGCCUGUCAACCACACCAGGAAGUCCCUGUGCGCAAGGGAUGUACCUUUAAUUCAGAUUGAAACAGAUCAGAGAGAAGAGUGUGUUGGAGAACCUGAAUACAUCUCUCCCAAAAGCAGCCCCCUAGGGGAAGCAGAGGAGCAUUUGAAAGAUGAAAGAAUCCCAGAUGUGGUGAGGGGUGGAGACACUGCCGAGAGUGCCUGCCCAGAUCCCAGUGACAGCCUUGGUGCCAGAGAUGCGGCAGAGGCUGAAGUCUCAACAGAAGGCAGAGCCCCCGAUGAGUUUCCCAACCUUCCCAGCAGCAGUGGGGAGAGCACGGACAGCUGGUCCCAGCUCGCCAACGAGGAGGACAAUCAGGAUGACACUAGUAGCUUUCUUCAGCUCAGUGAGCGAUCCAUGAGCAACGGCAACAGUAGUGCCACUAGCAGUCUUGGCACUAUGGACCUGGACAUUUAUCAGGAAAGCAUGCCAUCUUCUCCCAUGAUUAAUGAAUUAGUAGAAGAAAAGGAGAUUCUUAAAGAACAGUCAGAAAACAUAGAGGGUGCCUCUGGAGUGCAGGCAGGAGCAGCCAGCCCCCAAGGGAGCCUGCUGGUGAUCAACUUUGACCUGGAGCCAGAGUGUCCUGAUGCUGAGCUUCGAGCCACUCUGCAGUGGAUAGCAGCCUCUGAACUUGGGAUCCCCACCAUCUACUUCAAGAAAUCUCAGGAAAACAGAAUCGAAAAGUUUCUAGAUGUCGUGAGGCUGGUUCAGCAGAAGUCCUGGAAAGUGGGAGAUAUCUUUCACGCAGUUGUUCAGUACUGCAAAAUGCAUGAGGAGCAGAAGGAGGCGACCUCAAGUCUCUUUGACUGGCUCUUGGAACUGGGAUAAGGCAGCUAUGCCCUUAGAGUCUUCUUUCCCUUUAUUCCAGCUUAGAUCACAGUGGUUUGCUCUAAAUGCUCUAGACCUUUUCCAAACAUCCCAUCACAUUAGCAGAGCUAUACAAAAUCUGCUGUUCAAGUCUGCUGCACAUGGAAUAAAUCUGAGGAAAAGCAAAAUAUACAUCUAUACAAUCAAUACAACCUGAGAGUGAGUCCAAAAAAAAGCUAGUGUUAGAACGACUGGGAAAACAGAAAUUUUAAUGGGCCCCAAACGACAAGCUUUUAAGUAGGCCCAAACUCCAGGAAGGCAGGACUUAAAUAUUUUUAAUAAUAUAAACUGAUACAUAAUGUCUCCAAGUAUGUGAAUCAACUAGAAACAAAGUCACUAGUCAAAAUAAGUUUGUAAACUAUGAUGUAACCUUUAUUUUACUUUUCUGAGGUGAUUAAGGGGCUAUCAGCCCAAGUCAACACUUGAGAUAUGGGUGAGAAAUUUCCAGAAUUUUGAUACAAAAGAUUUUCACUUUCAGAUCACUAUCAGUGGCUGCUAAGAGAAGUGCAAGCAUACUAUCGAUGUGCUCUGCCAAGGUGAUUUCAUUUAUUCUCGGCAACUCGCUGAUAAAUAUCCCACAUCUCCCCAACAAGGUCUGCAUCCCUGCUAACCCGAAAACUACUGGUGAUCGGCGGAGAGAGAGAAAGACUGCACAUUGUCUUGUCUCCAUCUCUGUAUUACUUGGGUACCAUGAUCACAGAAUUCUUACCAUAAGGGAAAACUUUCUUACCAAAAAUAAAAAAUAAAAACUUUUGAGAUAAAAUCUGUGUAUUAAAUUAUAUAAAAUAUAAACAUUCCUUUUAUUUUUAUUGUAAAUUAUGAAGAGAUUAUUACAGUAAAUAAUAUAUGAGUUAACUUAGAGGUUCAUACACAUGAGAGGAUUCAUGUCUUACGUCAUAUCUUGACGUUUGAGCUUAGUGAUUUCAUUAUGAAUGCAUCGGUCAGUACUGGUAUGGCCAACCUCCUACCUGGAUGACAUAGUGAUGGGCACAGGAUUUGUCAUAAACUGUUAGGACCAUAGACUCUUCCUGAUUCAAACACACUGGCAUUUAAAUUGACAAAAAGGAAACCUUAUCACACUGAAGUAUUUCAAUAAUGGGGGUUUACUCUUUUGAAAAAUCAAGGUAUCUAUCGUCUCUUUAAUGAAUCUUCUUUCCCUUCAACUAAAUGAGGUACGCUGGCUUUUACAUUCUUGCCCAGAGAAGGCGUUUAGUAAAGAUUUCCUUAAAGUCCAUGCUUGUACUCUAUUUUGAAAAAUUGUGAAGUAAUUUUAAUUGUGAACAAGCCCCCUCACCGUCAGUGUUGGACUUCUCUGUCGUCCGCAUCUUGGAAUGUCAGGAAAGCUUCCUUAUGAGCUGUGCCUCCCUCUUCGCACACCCGGAGGCCUCCCCAGAAUUCAUCAGGCAUCCGUCACAUUGGUAGCCCCGAUAGAGGAUAUGUGUUUAAUUUGUCAAAUUAACAAAACGUCAAAUUUUAAAAUGUUUCCAUUAUCUCAGACUGAAAGUUCGUUGUGCUACUGAAUGGAAAAGGAUAUAUUUAUUUUUUAAACGUCCCAGAAUAUUGUGUGGACUAUUUUGUGCUGGAAUGAAUGUUUACUUAUCCCACAAAGCACAAAUACAGGAUUGUUAUGUGAUAAAGUUAUACAUGUUGUACCUAAUGUUGCAAACUAAUCAAUAAACUUGUUGCUGAAUGUUG